UUCGAGACGGGCGUCUUCCGGCCGCCGUCCGAGGCCGGGUCGCUGCUCGUGCGCGUGACGCGCGGCUGCCAGUGGAACCGGUGCACGUACUGCAAGAUGUACCGCGACGUCGACUUCGCGUUGCGCCACGUCGACGACGUCAUCGCCGACAUCGACGCCGCGGCGCAGAUCUACGACAUCUUGACGCGGUCCGACUUCGACGAUCUGGGCGACGCCGACGCGCUCUUCGCCACGGCCGACGACCUCGUCAAGAUCGUCAAGCACCUGCGGGAGCGGUUCCCGACCAUAAAACGCGUGACGACGUACGCGCGGUCCGACUCCAUCAACGAGAAGUCGCUCGAGGAGCUGAAGCGCCUCAAGUUCGCGGGCCUCGACCGCCUCCACGUGGGCCUCGAGACGGGCUCGCUCAAGGUCACGAAGCUGUGCCGCAAGGGCGUCCUGCCCGAGAAGCAGCUCGCGGCGGGCGAAAAGGCGAUGGCCGCGGGCUUCGAGUACUCCGUCUACGUCAUGCCGGGCCUCGGCGGCCGGGAGCUGAGCGCGGACCACGUCGCCGAGACGGCGAAGCUCGUCACGGCCGUGAACCCGUCGUUCGUGCGCUUCCGGACCUACUGCCCCAUCCCGGGCACCGAGGGCUACGACGCGUUACUCAACGGCGACUUCGAGCAGCUGAGCGAGACGGAGCACGUCCAGGAGAUGCGGGACAUGAUCGCGGCGCUGGGGCCGACCUGCACGUCCGUCGUCACGGCCGCGGACCACAUCGGCAACCUCGUCGCCGUCGAGGCGAAGCUGCCCCGGCAGCGCGGCGCCGGCCUACAGUGCCUCGAC